ACUGCUAUUAUUACAGUGCCUAUAUUCCACGUCCACAAAUGUUGCCACAUUGAUACUGCUAUUAUAACAGUUCUUAUAUUCCAUGUCCACAGAUGCAGCCAUGCUGACAGUACCAUAGUAACAGGACUGGAUUUACUUCUGGACUAAUGAUGAAGGGUCUGCUGACCGUCAUGCUACUGGUGUUGGUCAUCAGGGAAGCUCUAACCUCCAUCCCUUGUCACGUCUCCUACCACAAAGACGGUGCGCACGUGGACUGUAGAAACCGAAGUUUGACCAGAGUUCCAAAUAAUCUUCCUGGGAACACUUCAUAUCUCGACCUCAGCUUUAAUAAUAUUACAACCUUGAACAAUUAUUCUUUCAAUGGUUUAGCAAAUGUUGAAAAAUUACUGCUUGAAUCUAGCGGGAUUCGUGUCUUAGAAGUCAACAGCUUCAAAGGUCUGUCUUCAUUGAUGGAGUUGUCUCUCAGUUACAACAAUCUACCACCAUCAGCCUACCCUAUUGGAGUCUUCAGGCGUCUUCUCAAACUCACCAGGCUGAAGUUGCAGGAUGACCUCAGAACAACGGAGGUCAUCUCAUUUCCAGAUAAAGCACUUGCAGACUUGGUAAAUUUAAAAGAAUUGUGGCUAGCCUCUCCGCCUGAACCUGUCUUCGGGCCAGGAUUCGCUAAACUCAGACAUCUUGAAUGUCUUUACUUCAACACAAGAGCGUGUCAACUUACAACCCUCAGGAAUGGCACAUUUCAGUCCUUCAAGGAUACGCCUUUGAGGAAGCUAUACAUCACUGGUUGUCUUCUUACAACCCUCGAAGCUGGUACCUUUGAGAACCUUCCGCACCUCAGAGUUUUAUACAUAAAGAAGGCGAGGUCUAUUGGCCUAAAGCCAGCCUUAAGAUCACUCUAUGGCCUUGUUGGGAAGACAAUGUCGCUUAUCACCUUCUCUGCGGUUGGGCUAGGGAUGGGUGAGAAUAGUAUGUCUAAGUUGAAAAACAACGAAACACUUGUCCUCACGAAAGGUAUGAUGACAUAUCUAAACCAAAUAUGUGUAGAAAAGAUAGACCUAAGUCAAAAUAGAAUCGUCAUGGUGGAGGCGGAUGCUUUAGAUCUCUGUGAUACAUGUUCAUUAAAAAAAUGUUUAAAAUACUUAGAUGCCUCUGGAAACAUGAUCGUAGGCGAGCUAUCUGUGGCUGGAAAAUUACUUUUCUUUGGAGAAUUAGAAGUCAUGGAUGUAUCAUAUCCGGCAGUUUCGUACCACGGGGCCCAAAGAAGAAAACUACUGUCAGCACAUGCCCAUGCACCCACUGACCUCAAGGCCAAACCUUCACUGAUGAUCCUUCUGCCUCCUUCAAUCCGUUCUCUAAAUGUAUCUGGUACGUACCUAUACGGUCGUCUGAGCGCACAUUUCAGUUCAAUGCACAUUAUAUCUCACAACCCAAACUUUACUGAACUAGUGGCUGAAGAUUCAGACAUCUUGGAAGGAAUUCGCCUCUACGGAGCAGCCACGCUAAAGUCUCUGGAUCUCUCUGGUGCCGACCUACGGUACAUCCCCUCUGACAUGUUUCACAGUCUGCUGAAUCUCGAAGUCCUAAAAUUAAAAGACACCAAGUUGGAUCUGACCAGAUCAGACUAUCAAACCCUUUUCGAACCUUUGACACAGCUGACAUAUUUGGAUUUAUCCGGAAAUAUGAAACCUUAUAUUAAUGAAAAUAUUUUCACUAAUCUGAGCAGUGUAACACAUCUGAGACUCUCCAACAACGGACUAACUGAUAUCCCGUCUUCUGUCAAAUGUUUAACACGUCUACAACAUCUUGACCUAUCAGACAACUUGAUCAGUCAAUUUCAACCCAGCACGCGACAGAGUUUAGACGACAUACAGCAGUUAUCUCCCCGUUUACGUGUGUCUUUGCGAGGAAAUACCUUAGCCUGUGGUUGCAAUAGUGUUGCCUUCAUUGAAUGGUUGAUGAUGACGGACGUUGUGUUCGAUGACGUGCAGAUGUAUAGAUGUAUAGAUGAAGCGGGCACACUGGGCCCAUUGAUGCUGGACUGGACUCACUUACAACACCCUCUGGCGUGA